AUGAAUACACGCCAGGUUAUCGAUGAGACCGUAUCCCCGUUUUCGCUAUCGGCCACCUUUAACAAUGACAACAGUUGCUUCUCGGUCGGUUUAGAUACUGGCUUUUGUGUAUUUAAUGCCGAUCCAUGCGAACUCAAGGUGUCGCGGGGCGUCGUGGUGAUGCUAGGUCAAUCAAACUACCUUGCUAUUGUCGGGGGAGGAAGACAACCUAAGUUCCCACAAAACAAGCUGGUUAUCUGGGAUGAUGCAAAGCAAAAAGCAGUCAUUACCCUGGAAUUCCGCACCUCCGUCCUCGGCGUCCGCUUAUCGAAGUCACGCAUUGUCGUCGCUUUGCUGAACAGUAUUCAUAUAUUCGCUUUCUCUAAUCCUCCACAGAAGCUUUCUGUCUUUGAGACAACGGAUAACCCAAUGGGAUUGGCCUGUUUAGGGCAGAGGCUACUGGCUUUUCCGGGGCGUUCACUAGGACAAGUCCAGAUAGUGGAGUUGGAGACAGGGAAUGUCAGCAUCAUCCCUGCGCAUAGUUCGCCUCUCCGGGCAAUGGCGUUGAGUCCAGAUGGCGAGGUAUUGGCUACGGCAAGCGAAAUGGGAACCCUUGUACGGGUAUUCGCUACUGCCAAUUGUACGAAGAUGGCUGAACUCCGACGCGGAGUCGACCAGGCGGUUAUAUUUUCACUUGCGAUCUCUCCAUCAAACAACUUAUUGGCUGUUACGUCUGACAAAUCGACUUUACAUGUCUUCGAUCUACCACAUCCGCGGACAGUUUCACAACGUCGUUCAUCACCUUCCCCCCCUGAAGAAGGAACAAAUCAAAAAUGGGGCAUUCUUGGCAAGAUACCUUUAUUACCAAGGGUGUUCUCUGAUGUUUACUCAUUCGCAAGUGCACCUUUUGAGAUUGGAGAUGAAGGUUUUCCUGGAUCACUCUACAUCCCGCCUCUCGGGACUUCGUUUGGGAGGCCCUUGAAAGGUGUGAUAGGUUGGUCUAACGACCAGACGAUCCUAGUCCUUGGGUCGGGCCGGGACGGACGUUGGGAGAAAUUCGUUCUCCGUGAGGGCGAUGAUGGAAGACGCCACUGUGUACGGGAAGGUUGGAAAAGAUACCUAGGGGGUAGCUGA